AAGCGCCGGGCAGUUUGACAGCCGGGUCCUUCUUCCCUCUGCAGCAGCCGGCGGCUCUGGAAGGUUCCAAACAGGAUCGGGUGGAGAUCCUAUAAUCUGAGUCCAUCCGAAGCCGAACCGCGUUGUUCAAGCCCCGGGACGACUCUGUUCCGUUUUAAAGACCCAUCUUUACCUUUUUGAUCGAUUACUAAAUCGUGAUGCCCGAAGCCAAAGCGGCACCGAGAGUUGCAAACAUGAGCAAAAACAAAGGAGGGGCGUAUGUGGACCGCGACAAGCCGGCCCAGAUCAGGUUCAGUAACAUCUCUGCGGCCAAAGGUAGGAUGAAUAUAUCUAAAAUGUUCAUAAACAACCUUAGUCAAUGGGAUUCAUUCAUUUUGACUGAACGAGGCUUCUUAAUUGAUUGUAGUCAGAGCAUCAUCUCAACCCGCUCAGAAUUCCCAUUCUUGAAUUGAUAAUUUUACAGCCGUACUCAUUUUUAAAUAUGUACAUGACAGUAACAGUAGCUAAGAGCGGGUAAUAUGUCUAUAUUAACCCACUUUAACAUUCGGCUUAGCUAUUUGCACCAGGGGAUUGUUUAUUUGUUAAAAUUCCCACUUAACAAGGGGUCCGAUGCUGCUUGAAAUGCAAGCAAAGGGCUACAGUAUUCUCCACAGUUUUCUACGUUUUCAAACUGGAGUUUGGUUCAGUCUGAUAUUGCAAGCUGCUCAUGACUCAACACAAUCUCAGCAUUAGUUAGCCCACAUCUGCAUACUAUAUAUGGCAAAGAUGAAAAGACUGUAUUAUAGACUGAAUCAUAAAGCAAGAACCACUUAGUUUAAAUAUGCGUUGUAACUUGAGUAUUUAUAGAAGCCCGGUUUUCUAUUGUUGUGUGUUGCUGAUGCAGUGAAUUAUGUAUGAGCUUUGGUAAUUUCAUGCUCUUGAUUUAACAUGAUGAAACCUGUUCAAUUAACACAAGACCAAAUUUGUAUCCCCAAAUUGUUGCACAUAUAAAGGGAAGAACAUGUAACUUUAAAAGGAUAACCUUAAUCCCACACAGAAACUAUUGGAUUGAUGCAUGCAUUGCAAAUGAAAAGAUGUUGCUGCAUGAAACUGUUGACUUACUGUGAAAGCACCAGCAAAUUAUCUGCCGUAUGUAGCGUGUGGUGCCAAAAACAAAUGUCAUUAUUUUGUUGUUACAGUCAUAAUGGUAUGGUUGUGUUGCUGCCAGUAAUGUACACCCCUGAUCCUUGUCAAAAAAGAAGAAUUUUGUUUUUUUUUGCUUAGAAAAACAUGGAUGUUGCAUUGAUGAAAGUCACCGUAUUAAUGCAUCACCUUCUUGUUUCACAGCUGUAGCAGAUGCCAUCAGAACAAGCUUGGGGCCCAAAGGAAUGGACAAGAUGGUCAGUUAACAGGUUUCUGCAUCAGAUUUGACGUCUUUAAGUGUCUGAAUCAAACACUUUUCUACAGCAGGUGCAUUUGUGUUUGUUUGUAUUUUCCAGAUCCAGGAUGAGAAAGGUGACGUGACCAUCACCAAUGACGGCGCCACCAUCCUGAAGCAGAUGCAGGUGCUCCACCCUGCCGCCAAAAUGGUAUGCUUCUCCAGACACUUUCUGAUGAGGUUUUAUUUGAUGUAAGUGUUUGUGAACUGAUUUGACAUGUUUAUCAAGCCUGGAUUAAAAUCUGGGGGUGUGUGUUUCAGCUGGUGGAGCUCUCCAAAGCUCAGGACAUUGAGGCAGGUGACGGCACCACCUCUGUGGUUGUGAUUGCUGGAGCACUGCUGGACGCCUGUUACAAACUGCUGCAGAAAGGUGAGAGCUUCAGAGGACAGAAAAAAAGCAGAAAUGAAGUGAAUUAAUGUAGAGUUAUGGUAUCAUGAUAAUUAUGGUGCAAUCAAUUUAUACAUAACCUUCAUUUUUCUUUAAUCCAGAGAAUUUACCCUGUGUUUUUAUUGCUUUUUGAAUAAGAUGGCUGGAAAGAUAUCUAACAUUCUUUUGUAGCGAUAUUUUACAGAGCAAAAUAAUUCCUGUCUACAUUAAUUUGCUGAAAUGUUCACUAAAAUUCAGCAACAUUGUUCAUUAUUUGUUUAUAUUAUUCAGUUUGUCAAAGAGUUUUCCAUUUUCUCCCAUCUGGAUUGUCUGAUCUUGUUCAUCAAUUCCAGCUCUAAUGUUUGCUCACUCUCUGUCAGGUAUCCACCCGACCACCAUCUCCGAGUCGUUCCAGAAAGCUGUAGAGAAGGGCGUGGAGGUGCUGACAGCCAUGAGCCAGCCAGUGCAGCUGAGUGACCGUGAGACGCUGCUCAACAGCGCCACCACGUCGCUGUGCUCUAAGGUGGUGUCGCAGUACUCAAGCCUGCUGGCGCCCAUGAGUGUGGACGCCGUCAUGAGAGUCAUCGACCCCACCACUGCCACCAGUGUGGACCUACAAGACAUCAAGAUCAUUAAGAAGCUUGGGUGAGUUCCACAUUCAAAUGUUGGUGUCAACUUUUGCUGUGUGCCGGCAGACAAACCUUAAGAAACCUGGACCUGGUGUGAGUGUGGAUUCAAGAAUGAAAGUAUUAACUCUUUUGCCUCCUUACGCUGCUCUUUGUGUUAAUAGAGGGACCAUUGAUGACUGUGAGCUUGUUGAAGGUCUGGUGCUGACUCAGAGGGUGGCCAACAGCGGAGUGACCCGCGUGGAGAAAGCCAAGAUCGGCCUGAUUCAGUUCUGCCUGUCCCCGCCCAAAACUGAUGUGAGAUAUCUUUAAAUAUCAGCUCCACUUUUAGCUGUGUUUUAGUUUGGACUUUAUACUGAGAGACAAGCACAAAAUCUGCCCCUCUUUUAUUAACACACAGAACAAUAUGGCAGACUUUGGGUUUCUUAAACUGAGCCUCAAAAUGAUAUCCUAGAGUUUUUCUGUCAUGAGGUUUUCACUGAAAGCCAAACUAACAACUACACAAGUCUCAUUUUCUUUUGUUUUUCCUGCAGAUGGACAAUCAGAUCGUGGUGUCGGACUAUGCUCAGAUGGACCGUGUGCUGCGGGAGGAGCGUGCUUACAUCCUAAAUAUGGUGAAACAGAUCAAGAAGGCUGGCUGCAAUGUGCUGCUCAUCCAGAAGUCCAUCCUCAGGUGAACAAUCACAGCUGACAGACAGACUUCGACGCUUGUGUUUUACUGUCGGACUUCAUAUAUCGAUGUUGAAAAGGUUUCAUACUGACUGCAAAGUUUCCUCUUUACAGAGAUGCCCUGAGUGACCUCGCCCUGCACUUCCUCAACAAAAUGAAGAUCAUGGUGGUGAAGGAGAUCGAAAGAGAAGACAUUGAGUUCAUCUGCAAGGUGAGCUUCAGUGAUUUCACAACAAGACCCAGGGUGUUUGUAUCGUUAAAGAAACUGAUUUAUUGCUUUAGUCUGACUGAAACUGAACUUUUAACUGCAUCUAAACACUCAGUCUGACUGAUAUGGCACGAAAUGAACGUCUUUAUAGUUGAACACUUAUAUUAGCUAUGGUGUGUGUUUUGGCUCGCUUCACAGCAGACAACCCAGAGCUGUAGUUUGAAGCCUGUUUGUAGUUUUUGGCUGGUUAUAAACAUAUAGGAAGAGAUCAGAAAAGUUUUAUAAGAGGUUUCGUUAGGCCCACAAAAUUAUCACAAACUGAAAGUUUCCCCUCCCCUGCAGACUCUUGGCACCAAGCCCAUCGCCCACAUCGACCACUUCACUCCAGAGAUGCUCGGCACAGCAGAGCUUGCUGAGGAGGUCAGCUUGGAUGGCUCCGGCAAGCUUAUCAAGGUAAGAGUCACAGUUUUGAUUACUGAAUACUUUAAAAAAAGGGGCUUUGAAAAUGACAUAAAAACUACAAAACUAAGACAGAGAAAAGGAACAUCUUGGUGUGACAAACUGUUCUUGUUCCAGAUCACAGGCUGCUCCAGUCCCGGGAAGACGGUUAGCAUCGUGGUUCGAGGCUCCAACAAACUGGUGAUCGAGGAGGCCGAGCGUUCCAUUCAUGACGCCCUGUGUGUCAUCCGCUGCCUGGUCAAGAAGAGGUCAGAUUAUUGUUUGAAUAAAUGAGAAAAGAUCACUAAACCUUUGGGGAAAAAUCAUUGUGUUGACCUCUGACAAAGGCGCUCUUGCAGCUGCUCCUGCAGGAGCGUAACAAACGGAGGAAGAGUACUGUGGAAAGCUCUCUUUAUUCUCUGGUUGUUUCAGCAGCUCAGACAGGGAGCAUUCACACACACAUUACAGGAUUACUCUGAAAUAAUCCCAAAUAACUCAAAUCUACUGUUUGUUAAUCCUGCGCCAUGCAUUUACUGAGCCUGUGAGUACGGGCUUAGUUGUUCCAUUAACUGUGUGUGAUUCUUUAAGUAACAUUCUCUUCCUCACUUUCUUCGUCUCUGCUACUCAGGGCUCUGAUCGCCGGUGGUGGCGCCCCUGAAAUCGAGCUGGCGGUGCGUCUGGCAGAGUAUUCACGCGCACUUGGUGGUAUGGAGGCGUACUGCGUGCGGGCGUACAGUGACGCCCUGGAGGUGAUCCCCUCCACUCUGGCUGAGAACGCUGGUCUGAACCCAAUCUCCACAGUGACAGAGCUCCGCAACAGGCAUGCUCAGGGAGACAAGGUGGCGGGCAUCAACGUCCGCAAGGUUUGCAUCCCUUCUACCUUUUAGAGAGGCUGAUUUUAAAACAUGUCAAGCAUGGAUCAGAAGAUAAUAUGAACUCUUGAAGUCAAUUAUUAAACUUUAAAAAUUCGAUUUCUUUCUGACUUUUGGACUAGUAAGGGAAUAUCAGGGUCACACUGAAGAAAAAAAAUCUCACAUUUCAUCGAUAAAGUUGCAAUAUUAUGACAUUAAGUUCUAUUUUUUUGCAAAAAACAUGCAAAUUUGCAAACCAAGUUGUUUUAAUGUUGCAAAACUAAAGUCACAUAUAAGAAAAAAGCCUGGUAAAGAUGAAUUUUUUUUGUUAUUUAUGAACCUUCAUUAAUUAAUUUAAGUGCAGGUGGCUGGCUGCUUUUCUGCUGUUCCUCCCCAAAAUAACAUACAGGCUAACCGUGGACUAAAAUCAAACGUUUUUUCUUUUAAUAUCAAAACUUUAUUCUUGUAUUAAAUUUUUUUUGUCAGAAUGUAAGAGUUACAACCAUGUUUUCACAGUAUUUUGUUUUAAUGCUGCUUAUAUGACUGAAUUCUUGUUAUGACUUUAUUCCCCUGAAUUACAGGCUUUUUUACCUGAUACAAGGACUUGAUUUUCACCACAUAAUCAUUUGAAUCUUUAUGCAUUAUGUCUCAGUUCUUGAUACGACUUUAUUCUAGAAAUUAGGGAUUUGUGAAUUCAGUCUACUUUAAGAUUAAAUGCUGUCACUUUCACAGACAUCACCAGAAUAUUACUGAUCAGUUAAACAAGUGUAUAUUAUUGUAUACUUUUAUUUUUUAGUAUUUCAUACGUAAGGUGUAGACUUAAGUUGUAUGCAGGCUGUAUCUGGAUAAACUGACAUACAACCACUGUUAGAAAGCUGGUAGUGACAACAGGUUGGCUGUUUUUCUCUUUGUGUUUCACAGGGAGGAAUCUCCAACAUCCUAGAGGAGCUGGUGGUGCAGCCUUUACUGGUUUCCAUCAGUGCACUGACCCUGGCCACAGAGACUGUCCGCAGCAUUUUGAAGAUCGACGACGUGGUAAGAUUUUGCAUUUGUAAUUUGCAGGAUUGUCUGAAUUUAUUUUAAAGUUAGAGUAAUGUUUCUCUGUGUUGAGUCUGAUCAUCUUUGUUUGUUUUGAUCCAGGUGAACACCCGAUAAGAGAUUUGUGUCUGUCCACUGAGUUCUGUACUAAGCCUGCCCAUACUGUGAGGGAUCAGAGGACUCUAUCAACAUCAGUCUGUUCAGAUUUCCACUGUAGUUGUUAUGUUGCAUAAUUUAAUAAAAAAAAAGGCUUUUUUUUGUUAACACUCCAG